AUGCGUGGAUCAAAGGACCUUGAUGAGCAAGAUGAAGUGAAGCUGGACCCUCACGAAGGGGAAAACAAUGAGAAGUUCACAUCUCAUCCUCACAACCGGGAAUCUCUACCUGCAUAUAUGCUGGUACAUAAUGCUCUCUUCUAUAUCUGUGAUCUUGGAGCUUCACUUCUCCUCUUGUCCAUGGCUGUGGUUGAACCUCCUGCAUAUCCAUUGUUGCAAAUCCCAGUGUGGGUUCAUGCCUCAGUGGAGAUAAUCCUUCUGUUCAUAGUAGGACUGGAAUCCUUCAUGAAAGUACGAUGGCAGGGGUGGAAGACAUUCUUGUCACAUCGACGCUCAGCUCUUAAGGCAUUGACACUGGCAAUCAUGGCUGUGGAGACAAUAGUGGUGAUUGUAAGACAAGAGAGCCAUCUGCGAGUGACGCGGGCAUUGCGUCCCAUUUUCCUCAUUGACAACCACUAUUGUGGGGGAGUGAGGCGUUUCAUCAGACAGAUUUUUCAAAGUCUUCCACCCAUUUUGGACAUGCUUAUACUCAUCUUCACAUUUGUCCUCGUCUUCUCUUUAAUUGGCUUCUCCAUCUUUGGAUCCAACCCUCAAGAUCCCUAUUUCUCAUCACUGGAAACAAGUUUUGUCAGCCUCUUUGUUCUUCUCACUACUGCCAACUAUCCAGAUGUGAUGAUGCCAGCCUACAAAGAAUCCCGAUGGGCAUCUGCUUUCUUUGUCAUCUAUCUUCUUGUUGUCCUCUAUUUCCUCAUGAAUCUCAUGCUUGCUGUGACUUAUGAGAGGUUCACAUGCCUGGAGAAAGAGAAGUUUCGUCGCCUGUUUCUCCACAAGAGAGAGGCAUGUCAUCAUGCUUUCAAUUUGCUUCUGUCACAGGGUCAACAUGAAGGUAUUACCUUCUCACGUUUCCAUGGCCUCCUUUCAAGCCUUCAUCCAAAGCAGAGUGAACUGUCAUCAUACCUGGCUUUCAAGGCCUUAGGAGGGAAAGCACCAGACUCUGUGCUUACUCGAGAACAGUUUUCCUCCAUCCAUGAGAUCCGUCGGUUGAAGUGGACCCGGGCAAAAUGUCAGGAAUCUCAAUGGCACAGUGGUCUUCCUCAUGUCAUUGACAAGAUCUGCACUGGUCUUCACACAGUCAUCCAGACUAAGCUCUUCCACUGUCUUGUCUAUCGCCAAGUGUUCAUUAUUGAAGCUGUGAUGAAACUGCUGGCCCUGGGCUGGCGUGGAUAUCUGUCUUCGGGCUGGAACACAUUCGACCUUGUGGCAACUUUGGCCUACCUUGUUGGCUUGCUGGCUCAUGCUAUUGGUGGUCCUUCUUCCUUGGUGAUUGUUGUUCAGCCUUUGCGUCUCCUUCGCCUCUUCAAGAUCAAGAAACGCUAUCGAGAUGUCUUUGGAACGAUGGCACUACUCUUCCCUCGAAUGCUUUCUGCUUCCCUCGUCCUGACUCUCUUGUAUUACUUUUGUGCCAUCAUCGGCAUGGAACUCUUCGCCUCCUAUAAUCUGAGGGACUGUUGCAAGAAUACAUCAGUGGAGGACUAUUAUCGGGACUUAAAUUCCAUCAGCCGCUAUGAUGGCCUCUUCUACCUCAACAACUUCUCCAACUUGUUCUCAAGUGGCAUGACACUGUUUGAACUGAUGGUGGUGAACAAUUGGCAUGUGAUUAUGGAAGGGUAUGCUGCAGUAACUGGGUCUGCUUGGUCCCGCUGCUACUUCAUGGCUUUUUACUUGGUGACCAUGGUGGUGCUCACCAUCACUGUCUCCGUUUUCCUUGAGGCCUUCCUCUUCCGCAUUCAGUACAAGCGAACUGUUGGCUCUGAUCUUGGAGGGUAUGUGUGCAAGGAGGUAUCCUUAUCACGUGAGGAAGUAGAGCGUUUGGAACCAAACUGUUACUCAUAUGCAACCCUUCACAAUGACAUGGGCCUUGGAGAAUGGAAAUUUGUGGGGAAGCAGUGGGGAAGCAAAAGUGUGAUGCAAAAGCGUAUGUAUCAAGAUGAAAUUCCUCUCUGGGUUGCCCAACAUGAGAAUGAUCAUCCCAUCCUCUCUUGACAUCUUUAUUAGCAUCAGGAUGCUGAUGAUGUCUCCUACUCCUGUUCAUUGCUAGCAGACAUCCAACUUCUGCAAAGAGAAGUUUCCCUGUGAUAGUUCUAUUUAGAUAUUUUUUCUCUCUCA